AUGUUAAAACAAACAUUUAGUCACAAUAUAAUUGAUCCCAAUCAUCGCUUGACGACACUCAGUGUUGAAAAACAAAAACGGCAAAAGCAAGCAGCAAAAUCAGUGGAAAAAAAGCAAAAGAUCACAAAUAAACAAAGAAAAACCAGAAGAAAUUCGGUGGACAAGAGGAAUAGUGAAGAAAAAGGCGAUCCAAUAUUUACAGAAUAUCAUUUCGAUGUGGAUUUGGAGAAGAAAAAAAAAGCUGAGACGACAAGACAACAACAGCCAACAACAACACUUAUUUAUAUCGUUCACCCUCCCUUCUCUCAUCCCAUUAAAUAA